CAGCAGCCCUGGCGAGUUAAAGCUCCUAUCCUGCAGGCGCGGAGGACCAGGCGGCGAAGCAACAAGGAGCAAUAAACGCUGGCAGGAUGUUUGUCUACUUGAGCAAGAAGAUUACAAUUCCUGGUAAUGUUAGACUUAGAUCUAUUUGUUGGAGCAAGGACCAAGGCUAUAUAGCCUGCGGAGGUGAAGAUGGUCUAUUGAAAGUUUUAAAGUUAGAAAUAAAAACAGAAGAAGCCAAAUUAAGGGGACUUGCAGCACCUAGCAAUCUCUCAAUGAAUCAGACACUCGAGGGCCACACUGGUGCUGUGCAAGUAGUGACUUGGAAUGAACAGUAUCAAAAGCUAACUAGUAGUGAUGAGCAUGGGCUUAUUAUUGUGUGGAUGCUGUAUAAAGGUGCUUGGUAUGAGGAGAUGAUCAAUAAUAGAAAUAAGUCAGUUGUUAGAAGCAUGAGAUGGAAUGCUGAUGGACAGAAAAUUUGCAUAAUAUAUGAAGAUGGUGCUGUAAUCGUUGGUUCUGUGGAUGGGAAUCGUAUUUGGGGAAAGGAUUUAAAAGUACAACUCCACCAUGUUGCAUGGUCUCCAGAUGGUAGAACUCUACUCUUUGGAAUGGCCAAUGGAGAAAUACACAUUUAUGACAAACAUGGAACUUUUAUGAUGAAAAUGAAAAUGAACUGUUUGGUGAAUGUAACUGGAGCAUUCAGCAUUGCAGGAAUUCAUUGGUACCCAGGAACAGAGGGCUAUGUAGAACCAGAUUGUCCUUGCCUUGCAAUUUGUUUUGACAAUGGAAGAUGCCAAAUAAUGAGACAUGAGAAUGAUCAAAAUCCUGUCUUAAUUGAUGCGGCUCUGAAUGUUGUGAGUAUCCAGUGGAACCACUGUGGCAAUGUGCUGGCUAUUGCAGGCUUCCAGAAGAUACCUGUGCAAGAUAAAGAUAUAAAUGUUGUACAGUUCUAUUCUCCAUUUGGUGAGCAUUUGCGUACAUUAAAGAUUCCAGGGAAGCAAGUAUCAGCUUUAUCUUGGGAAGGAGGAGGUUUAAAAAUAGCAUUAGCUGUUGAUCAGUGUAUUUAUUUUGCAAAUAUUCGACCAGACUACAAGUGGGGUUAUUGCACUAAUACAGUAGUGUAUGCAUAUACCCGACCUGAUCGUCCAGAAUAUUGUGUUGUCUUCUGGGAUAUAAAAAACAAUGAAAAGUAUUUGAAAUUUGUCAAGAGUUUAAUCUCCAUAACAACCUGUGGGGACUUCUGCAUUCUGGCAACUAAAGCAGAUGAAAAUCAACUGCAGUAUGUACUUGUGCUUUGCAAUUCCAUUGGCACACCCUUGGAUCCAAAAUAUAUAGAUAUUGCUCCACUGUUUGUUACAAUGACCAAAACCCAGGUCAUAGCCGCUUCAAAAGAAGCAUUUUAUAUCUGGCAAUACCGUGUAGACAAGAAGCUUACAGCAAUGGAAAUUAAUCAGGUAGCACGGACCAGAAAAGAAGGCAAGGAGAGGAUUUACCAUGUGGAUGAUAGUCCUUCUGGAGCAGGUGAUGGAGUUCUUGACUAUGCUAAGGUCCUGCAAGGAACAAGGGAUCCAAUUUGUGCAAUAACUGCAUCUGAUAAGACACUGAUUAUUGGAAGAGAAUCUGGCACCAUUCAGAGUUACAGGCUGCCCAAUGUUGGUUUAAUUCGAAAAUAUCUCCUAAACUGUCGGCCGUAUCAAAUGUCUUUGAAUUGCAAGUCAAGUCGUCUUGCUAUCAUAGACAUGUUAGGAAUGCUGAUUUUCUUUGACUUGGAUACACGAGUAACAGAUGGUUCAGGAUGCCAAGGAAUUGGUGAACAACUCAAAUUGGAACGCAGAGAUGUUUGGGAUAUGAAAUGGGCCAAAGAUAAUCCAGACUUGUUUGCCAUGAUGGAGAAAACAAGAAUGUAUGUGUUCAGAAACCUGGAUCCUGAGGAGCCCAUUCAAACUUCUGGAUACAUUUGCAACUUUGAAGAUUUAGAAAUUAAAUCUGUCUUAUUGGAUGAAAUAUUAAAGAAUCCUGAACACCCUAAUAAGGACUACAUAAUUCAUUUUGAUAUUAGAUCAUUACGAGAUGCUCAGGCAAUUGUUAAAGAAGCAGGGAUUACAGAAUCUUCCCAGUUCAUUGAAGAAAAUUCACAUCCAAGACUUUGGCGUCUACUGGCUGAAACAGCUCUCCAAAAACUUGAUCUUCACACUGCUGAGCAAGCUUUUGUACGUUAUAAAAAUUAUCAAGGUAUUAAGUUUGUAAAGCGCCUUCGCAAUCUCCAGAGUGAAUCACUUAGGCAAGCUGAAGUGGCAGUUUAUUUUGGAAAAUUUGAAGAAGCUGAAAGAAUGUAUUUGGACAUGGAUAGAAGAGAUCUUGCAGUUGACCUACGAAUGAAACUAGGAAACGGGUUUCGAGUAGUGCAGCUGUUGCAAACAGGCUCAGGCCAUGGAGAUGAUAACCUUCUUGAACAAGCACACAAUGAAAUUGGAGAGUACUUUGCAGAUAGACAGAAAUGGGCGAAUGCAGUUCCCUAUUUUGUACAAGGCAGAAACCAUGAACGUUUGGCUGAGUGUUAUUAUAUGCUGGAAGACUAUCAAGCAUUAGAAAAUUUGGCUAACUCACUUCCAGAAAAUAACAAGUUGCUUCCAGACAUAAGCCAUAAGUUUGUUACUGUGGGAAUGUGUGAACAAGCUGUAGCUGCCUUUCUGAAAUGUAACAGACCAAAGGAUGCAGUAGAUGUCUGUGUUAAUCUCAACCAGUGGAGUAAAGCUGUUGAACUAGCUAAGGAACACAACAUGAAAGAGAUUGGUUCUCUUCUAGCUAGAUAUGCAUCUCAGUUGUUGGAAAAGAAUAAACCCCUUGAUGCUGUUGAACUAUAUCGUAAAGCCAAUUAUUUCUUUGAUGCUGCAAAACUCAUGUUCAAGAUUGCAGAUGAAGAGGCUAAAAAGAGAACCAAGCCUUUACGGGUUAAAAAGCUAUAUGUUAUGUCGGCUUUGCUUGUUGAACAAUAUCAUGAACAAAUGAAAAAUGCACAGAGAGGAAAAGUCAAAGGAAAGACUUCUGAGGCUACUUCAGCAUUAGCUGGCUUGCUAGAAGAAGAUGUUCUUUCCACGGACAGUCGCCUAAUCGAUAAUGCAUGGAGAGGGGCUGAGGCUUACCAUUUUUUUAUUCUUGCCCAAAGGCAGUUGUAUGAAGGUUAUGUGGAUACAGCAAUGAAAACAGCUCUUCACUUGAGGGAUUACGAAGACAUUAUUCCUGCAGUAGAAAUCUAUUCCCUAUUGGCUCUCUGUGCAUGUGCUAACAGAGCAUUUGGUACCUGUUCAAAAGCUUUCGUUAAACUGGAAUCUUUAGAAAAUCUUGGUCCAGACCAGAAGCAGCAAUAUGAAGAACUUGCCCUGCAGAUAUUCACAAAACACUAUCCUAAAGAUAGCAAAAAAUCAGAGUUGGAUGGUCUUCUUGAAGAGGGAGAAGGGAAGCUUCCAACAUGUGUUGCUACAGGAAGGCCCAUCACGGAGUAUCAGUUUUGGAUGUGCAAUGUGUGCAAGCACUGUGUGCAAGCUCAAGAAAUCAGCAACUAUAACUUCUGCCCUCUCUGCCACAGUUCUGUGGCCUAUUAAAUUAUGUGGGUGAAAGCAACAACUUGCAUCCAUUAGUGGAAGUACUUAUUGCUGGAGGAACUGGGAGGGGGAGAAUUCCCCUCAUAAUAGUUUUUGGUGCAUCCUCCAAAGUUGUUCCAGAUGCUCUCCAAGUCACCUAAUGCAGAUUUGGAAAGCAAGGAAGGAACUACAAAGGGAAAGGAAGAAGGAUUAAAAAAUGGGAUCCUGAUAGUGUCUUUAUGCAUGAAGAGUAGAAAUAUACAUAGUCUGAAGUAUUGAAGAUAGUUAUAAAGAAGGAUAAGCUCCCCCCAAAAAACAAUUAAAUUCAUCCACUCCUACAAAAAUGCUAAACUGAUCUGAAUCCAGCCUUUAAAAUAGCCAACCAGAGGAGGCAUUUUUAAAAAAGUGUAAACAAUGAUUUGAUACAAACUUUUGUUUGUCCUAAUUUAUUCUUUGCAGAGCUUUGCAAUAUUUCUUUGCAUAAUCUUAAUUUUUUUAAUUUAUAUUCUAAAUGCGGAGUAGAACAUUUUUGGAAAGAUUGUGGGGAAAGUAGUGAUGAAUUUUUGUGGGAAAGAACUACCGUUAAUAGCCUUGACUUAACAGCAAACGUCGCGGUUACUUUUGCACUGAAAAUCGUAACUCAAUAAUAUUUGUAUAAAAUAAAUAUACAAAUGCCACUUUUUAAGCUCUUCACUGAAAAGAUAUCACAGUUUAGUCUAAAAUUUUAAAAUAUGGGCAUGUAACCCAAAUAAAAUACAUGGAUUGGUUUUAGCUACACUUGAAGCACUAUCUAAAUAUUAAAAUCUCUUUGAUCAGCCGUGGGGCAUUGAUGGCAGAAGUCCAAACCUUCUGAAAUAGCUUAGACUUUACAUACAGGGUUCUCAGGCCAAUUCAAGGCAUGACCUCUUCUAGGAAAAGGCUGGGAGAGGUCCAUAACAAAAGGAAAUGUUUGAGCCAGUUAACGACAGUAUAUAUGGGGCUAUUAGCCCUUUCGCCCCCUUUCCCCUGCUCGGACUCUUCCUUUCAGUUUGCCUUUCAAUAGCACGAUCUCCAAAAGUAGCAAAGAAUUUUGCAACAUGAACUACUGGAUUACAACAGCAUAGCUAACAGAAGCCUUGUAUAAGAGCUGACUGAAUUAUUUUAUCACUUGAGUGUUUAAUAGAAACACAUUUCUUACAUAGUAAUGGUGAAAUAUUUGUAUAUUUCACCAUUUGCUCCAGGAUUUUGCUUAUGUUUGUUGUUUUAUAUGGGAAAAGAACAGUUUCUUUUUACAACAAUAUUUAUAUAGCCUACAUUUUUUUUCUCUAUAAUAUUGAAAUAGAUUUUUAAAAGAAAUAAAUCAAUGUUAUAUUUUUCCAUGAAGGUGAAACAACUGCAAAAGUGUAGAAAACUAAACAAUAAAAUGCAAAAAUAAAUUAAAAAGUGGUGUGGACAAAUAAAUACAUGGUUUAUUACAUAAAAUAUUAUUAGAUAUAUUAUCCUGAAAAUUGUUACGAUAAUUAAAAUAAUUUCCAAAUAUAUUCUGCAUUCCUAUUCUGUAGAUAUUUUUUGAGCUCAUUUUUCGG